AUGGAUUCCGCCAAGCAGCCUGCUAAGCUCGUCAAGGUCACCCGUGUCCUCGGCCGUACCGGUUCCCGUGGUGGUGUCACCCAGGUCCGCGUCGAGUUCAUGGACGAUACCUCCCGCAGCAUCAUCCGUAACGUCAAGGGCCCUGGUAUGCGAUUCUCCGUCUGA